AUGACGAAUUUCAGAAUCACUGUCACCUCAGACACCAUCUGCCCGUGGUGCUAUGUCGGCCGCAAGCAGCUCAUCGCCGCAGAAACCCUCUACCAUGAGUUGCACCCAUCCUCCGGCGACACGUUCAGUGUAAACUACAUGCCGUACAUGCUGUUGCCUGACUGGCCACGUGGUCCUGCUGGAGCGCAAGACAAGCAGGAGGCCUACAUUCAGAGAUUUGGCCCUGAGCGCGUCAAAAUGAUGCACCAGCGCCUCAGGGUUGUGGGAAAAGAGACGGGCAUCGACUUCAAAUUUGGUGGACGCACGGGAAAUACACGCGACUCGCAUCGGCUGGUGUGGUUGGCCAAGAAAUACAGCCCCGAGAUUGAGAGUAAGACAAUUGACGAAUUAUUCAAGUCAUACUUUGAGAAAGAAGGGGAUAUUACUGAUCUGGAGACCUUGCGAGCAAUCGCAUCCACGGUCGGAAUUCCCGACGCGGAUUUCCAGAAAGCGAUAGUGGACAGCGAUGAGUGCGGCAAGGAGGUAGAUCGAGCGAUAUUGCAUGUUCAGAUGAAAGGAGUUAGUAGUGUACCAAACUAUCUUGUGCAGGGCAAGUACCAAUUGGACGGUGCGAGAGACCCUAAGACAUUUGUGGGCAUAUUCGAGAAGAUUAAGGAAUUGGAGUCUAAAAGUGUAGGAUGA